AUGAAGAUCCGCUCGCUAGCUGUCUUGGCCAUCCUCCUCCCAGCAGCGGCUUCGGCCUUGACAGUUUUCAAGGACUUAAGCGAACAUGCUCAAGCCUCCUGGUCGGGCGCAAACGAUUUCCUGGAUCUAGCCUAUUCUGGUCAUAACCGAGACCACAGACAUGUGUACGAUCACACAGCCUCCAUCACCAAACAACAAGGACAAUCGGCUUGGGAACUCGCCAAACAGCCUGGUACGGAGGCAAUUUACAUGAUCAAGCCCCGUAAAUCCAAGGAUUCCGUCUACGUCGUAACCAAGGUUCCCGGCACUCAUCCCUUGGCGAGCGGAUGGGAUCUGACCACCGACAAUCCAAGCAAGGACGCUUUCCUAUUCUGGAGGGUUAAGAAAACGACUCCAGAGCUGCUUGGUUAUGAAGUGAGGGCUGUCGGUGCCGCCUUCCCGCACAGGUACUCCAUCGAGCAAAUCUUCGCAAGAGCUCGGGCGUAA